GCACCGCCGGCAGCGGGACCCGUUGCGAGCGUAUGUGCGCGCUCGCCGCUCCCGUGCGGUGGGCGGCGGGCGAGGGGUCGGGGGUUUGCCUGCCUCCGGACGGGCGCGCGCUCCGGCCGCCACCGCCAUGGCCGCCGUCGUCGAGCAGGAGUUCCAGGAGAUCGACGCCACCAACGACUGGCAGGCGCGUUAUCUGGAAAUUCGACACAAAUCCAGUGACUACCCUCACAGAGUUGCAAAAUAUCCAGAAAACAGAAAUCGAAACAGAUACAGAGAUGUUAGUCCAUAUGAUCAUAGUCGUGUAAAACUGCAGAACACCGAGAAUGACUAUAUCAAUGCCAGCCUAGUGGUCACAGAAGAAGCCCAGAGAUACUAUAUUUUAACACAGGGUCCACUACCUAAUACAUGUUGUCAUUUUUGGCUAAUGGUAUGGCAACAACAGACAAAAGCAGUUGUCAUGCUGAACAGAACUGUUGAAAAAGAAUCGGUGAAGUGUGCACAAUACUGGCCAACAAAAGAAGAGGAAGUUAUGACAUUCAGUGAAACAGGUUUCCGUGUGAGGCUAGUAUCCGAAGACAUCAAAUCCUAUUACACAGUACAUCUACUGCAAUUAGAAAAUAUCAACAGUGGUGAGUCCAGGAUGAUCUUCCAUUUUCAUUAUACUACAUGGCCAGACUUUGGAGUUCCUGAAUCCCCAGCUUCAUUCCUGAACUUCCUGUUUAAAGUCAGAGAGUCUGGUUCACUAAGUCCUGAACAUGGACCUGCAGUCAUUCACUGCAGUGCAGGGAUAGGACGUUCCGGCACGUUUUCAUUAGUAGACACUUGUCUUGUUCUGAUGGAAAAAAAAGACCCAUUUUCUGUAGAUAUUAAGAAGGUAUUACUGGAUAUGAGAAAAUACCGUAUGGGACUUAUUCAGACUCCUGAUCAACUAAGAUUUUCAUAUAUGGCUGUAAUAGAAGGAGCAAAAUUUAUAAUGGGGGAUUCAACUAUACAGAAACGGUGGAAGGAGCUUUCUAAGGAGGACCAAGCACCAAGUUCUGAGCAGUCUCCUCCGCACCCAAACAAAAUAACCACAGAGAAGUACAAUGGGAACAGCAUAGGCCUGGAGAACAAAGAUCAAAUGGAGAAAAUUAAUACUGACCUAUCCAAUAAGGUUCAAGACAUCACAGAUGGAAACAUUGAAAGUACUGUCCGAAAACGACUGCGAGAGGAUAGAAAAGCUAACACAGCACAGAAGCUGCAGCAGAUGAAGCAGAAGCUAAAUGAGACUGAAAGAAAAAGAAAAAGGUGGUUAUACUGGAAACCUAUUCUCACUAAGAUUGGGUUUGGCACACUGAUUUUAGUUGGCGCUUAUUCUUGCUGGAAAAUGUAUUUUCAAGAACAUUCCUUGUAAGUAAAGAGUAAGCCUGUCUGCUCCAGCAGCUAAUUUUGCUGCAAAUAAAUGACUAGGGGUGUGACUUAAAGCAGUAAACUCUCUACACCUGGAAUGGGUACAGACCGUUACAUACAAUAGAGAAGUGAUGUAAACUUGAUCCUAUGUCAACAUCUCAGGACUUUCCACUGCAGGUACUUACAAAAGUGAACUGCUGCCCCCCAGCAAAGUUGAUGGUUUUUGUUUCUAUGAGCAGGUACAAACUUGCUCCAACUGUUUAUACACUUUUUAAAAUGGUGUUCUACCAGAUCCUAAGCAAACCCUGAACCACAGAGGUUUAGCUACUGAAGGCUGUCUGGAUUUAAAUUUACAUGCCUGACAUAAGCAAUAAACAGUGUUGUAUCAUUUACAUUAUUAAUGCAAAGAAGUUAUCCUUAAAUGUGUGUAAUGUGUAAUGUACUAGUGACAUGAACAUAAACAUUUUAUAUUCUUAUGACCUAGGAUAAAUAUAUUUUAUAAUUGCAUAUUUAAUCUUUUUGUAGUUCACUGUACUUUUAAAGCUCAGUUUGUACAAAUUUCUGACCAAAAAGAAUUUGAUUUUGAAACUAAAUGUAAUUAUAAUUUGUGCAUGACAAUAAUAGUGCAACCAUUCCCCAUAUUUUGACUCUCCACUUUAUGAUAUGAGCAGCUAGGGGUCUGAAGGAGCACUUACCAAUUUCUACUCUGUUAAUUUGCAUUCCUUAUUUAUUUUUUUGUAGUUUUCAUUAUUUAAGUAAGGCUUGGAAAUUUGAUUUUUUUUUUAUAAGGCUUUUGAGAACUUAGCCCCCACUGAAAAGCAUACUGUUAAGUUGAUUAAUGUAUUCAGAGUUCAACUACUGUUUGAAGGCCAACAUUGUUAAAGUUCUGACAUUCCAUUAAAUGUGAAACGUAAUGUUUUGUGUGUCUAUAGAUUCUAAUUGCUAGAAAGAAUAAAAGUCAUUCAUUAGUAAUAGGUGUAGAAAGCACAUCAAAGGAAACUGUAGCUGGACUUCCAAAGGUGGUUGUAAUAGAAAACAAAUGUUGGUAGUGUUCUCCUGUACCCAGUAUGUUCAGCUGCAUGAGCCACUUCCGUAACUUUGCAAAGCCCAGAACUGCUUUGCAGGUUCCCCAGCACUGUAUUAGAGAGGUAUGACUUAAAACACUUAAUGACUAGUAUUUGAGGAAUUCCUAGGCUACGGUCGCUUUAAAAUUAUUCAGCACUCCCUUUCCACUAGUUGGGUGAUAACACUUUCUAAAU